ACUCUAAUUACUACUUCAAAAGCUACACUGGUGGACCUUGUAUUCAGAACCCAAAGCAUGUUCAAACUAUCCAGCUUUAUCGCGCGAGCCGGUUCGCGAAGCUAUUGCACGGCACCUCCCACCAUUCUCUCCACCUGUCAGAAUGAUCUGAAAGUUGCCAUGCGUGCGAAGGACAAGUUCCGUGUGCAGAUCCUGCGGUCAAUGGUAUCUGAUUUGAAGAACGCCCAGAUACCUACCAAGGGCCAGAAACCGGCCACGGAGGCUCAGGUGUUGCAGAAAGGAGUGGCGUCGCGAAGGGAGUCGAUUAUUCCAUUUAAGUCCGCUGGUCGACAAGACUUGGUAGACAAAGAAGUGCAAGAGAUAGCCGUAAUCAUGGAGUAUCUACCUAAACAGUUGAGUACAGAGGAAGUCAAUGCGCUUGUGAGUGCAGCCAUCAAGGAGGUCAACGCAGAGUCGCCGCGGGAUAUGGGAAAGAUUAUGAAGUAUAUCAGCAGUAAUGCGGACCCUUCAACGUAUACGAGUGCAGCAAUUGCCUUGGCUGCAAAGGAGCUGCUCAGCGCUUGAGGGAUAUAGGCUGUAGUGGGAAGCAACCCUACUCUGCAACUCAAUAAACAUCUCCAAUUGGCCAAUACGUUUGCUGUCACAUACCAAUCGAACCAGUAGUAUUGAUACCAAUGUCGGAAUGAUUAGA